AUGCCUCCAAUCCGUCUCGCGACGGCAUCCCCCGCUACGGCCGCGACAACCGCCGCGACCCUGCACCAAAUCUCCCUCCUAGCCGCCCGCGCCUCCACCCACGGCGCCGACCUCCUCCUCCUCCCGGAAGCCUACCUCGGCGCGGGCUACCCGCGCGGCGCCUCCUUCGGCUCCAAGAUCGGCUCCCGCGCCCCCGAGGGCCGCGACGAGUUCCUGGCCUACUUCAACGCCGCCGUCGACCUCGGCGACACCGUGGGCGACGCCGGCGCCGGGGCAGGCGACAAGUGGGUGAGGAGGGAGUUGCCCGCGCAGCAUGCCGCCGCCGAGGAGGGCAAGCCCAAGAGGGGCGACGGGUCGAGGGAGGAGCUGGAGAGGAUCGCCGCGCAGACGGGCGUCUUCCUCGUCGUCGGCUGCAUCGAGCGCGCCGGCGGCAGCCUGUACUGCGCCGUUGUCUACGUGUGCCCCAAGCUGGGCAUGCUCGGGAAGCGGCGCAAGGUGAUGCCCACCGCGACGGAGCGCCUCAUCUGGGCCCAGGGCUCGCCCGCGACCCUGCGCGCCGUCUCCACGACCAUCAAGGGCGUCCGCAUCAACCUCGCCGCCGCCAUCUGCUGGGAGAACUACAUGCCCCUCCUCCGCCAGGCCCUCUACUCGCAAAACAUCAACCUCUACCUCGCGCCCACGGCCGACGGCCGCGACACCUGGCUCCCGCUCAUGCGCACCGUCGCCUGCGAGGGCCGCUGCUUCGUCGUCUCGUCCAACAUGGCCGUCAGGCCGCCCUCGGCAAACGGGCAGCAGGCGAGCGGCAGCGGCGUCGAGGAGGACGGGGACCGGCCCGAUGCCGCCUGGGAGGACGACGAGGGCAUCAUCUACGCCGACGUCGACUUUGACGACUGCAUCCGCGGCCGCCUCGACAUCGACGUCGGCGGGAGCUACUCGCGCAACGACUCGUUCAAGUUCUCCGUCGACGGGCUGGAUCUGGACCCCCUGCCUUACUGA